GUGAAGUGGGAGGCACGUUGGACCUGGUGUUUAGAUGACAUCACCGAGCAGGUUGGGUUAUAAAAUGAAUGAAGCAGAAAGCCCAAGUUCACAAGCUCGGCACUUUGCAGGCGGCAGGAGGGACCUCGCGGCUCCGCUCUGAACUUUGACUCCCGUUGGUCCCGGCCUCUCCCCGGGGCUGCCCUCGGCUCCCCGCUGCCCCCCCGGCUCCCUUCCCGCCCGGCCCCGCAGGAUGCAGAUCUCAUCCUUGCUGGCUGGUGGACUUUUACUCGCGCUGCUCUCCGUCAGGCUGGAGGCGAAGCCGGCGUCUCAGCUCCCACAGAAGGCGUCCCGCGGGUCGGCGGCGGCAGCAGCAGCGGCGGCGGCGGGUCCGCCCGAGACGGCGGAGCGGGAGAAGGAGCGGGAGAAGGAGCGGAGCGGCGGCGGCGGGUCGGGCCCGCGGGAGGCGCGGGAGGCGCGGGCCGAGGCGCGGCCGCGGGCGGGCUGGGCGCGGCUGCUGCAGGACCCGCCGGGCCGCCGCCACAAGGGCCUCCACAAGAAGGGCCUGGGCAAGGGCUGCUUCGGGCUCAAGCUGGAUCGCAUCGGCGCCAUGAGCGGCCUCGGAUGCUGAGGGACCCCUGGCGGGCUUUGAAUCCAUAGUCCACUUUCUCCUACCACGCACGGCCAGGCACGGCCAUCCCCCAGGCAACACUUAGAAGAGCAGUGAUCCCCCUGGAAUGGACAAAAGACGUGGCUGUGUUUUUCUUUUUGGUACGAGGAGUCAUGGCACCAACUGUUUUGGUUUUGUUACUUUUUUAACAAGUGCUCUCUAUCUUAUAUAUAUUAUAUAUACAAACACUCACCGAGACAAGGGACAGUGCUUUUCCAAGAGACUGAUGAAGCCAGCUGUAUAACAUUGCUGUUUGUAAAUUCAUGUCAUGCAUAAAUGUAUUUAUGUUGUAAAGCUAUUUAUAUAUUGUUUAUAAAGAGAUAUUUAUAAAAAAAUUAUUUAUGUAACUAAAUGAAAAGUUGAGCAUUGUAACAUUUUUUUUGUCCUAAGUAGUUGAAAAACUUUAAAAAAAAAUCAUUCCAUGUG